CGGGAAAGAACCGUUGCCGGUCCCGGCGUUGAGCCCAGGUAGGAGGGGGUGGAGGCGGGAGUGAAGUCUCGCGAGAAGAGGCGGUUUCGUAGCGGAGCCGUCUGGCUGAGUGUCUGAGGCUCCGCCACCGGAUCCGCGGACGGUUUACUGAGCCCGUUAGUACCUCUGCCGAGACUCACGUUGCCGUCAUGUCCCGAUACCUGCGCCCCCCCAACACGUCUCUGUUCGUAAGGAACGUGGCCGACGACACCAGGUCCGAAGAUUUACGAAGAGAAUUUGGUCGUUAUGGUCCCAUAGUUGAUGUGUAUGUUCCACUUGAUUUCUACACGCGCCGUCCAAGAGGAUUUGCUUAUGUUCAAUUUGAGGAUGUCCGUGAUGCCGAAGACGCUUUACAUAAUUUGGACAGAAAGUGGAUUUGUGGACGCCAAAUUGAAAUACAGUUUGCACAGGGGGAUCGAAAGACUCCAAAUCAAAUGAAAGCCAAGGAAGGGAGGAAUGUAUACAGCUCUUCACGCUAUGAUGAUUAUGACAGAUACAGACGUUCUAGAAGCCGGAGUUAUGAAAGAAGAAGAUCAAGAAGCCGGUCCUUUGAUUACAACUAUAGAAGAUCUUAUAGUCCUAGAAAUAGACCGGCUGGAAGACCACGGCGUAGCAGAAGCCAUUCCGACAAUGAUAGAUUCAAACACCGAAAUCGAUCUUUUUCAAGAUCUAAAUCCAAUUCAAGAUCACGGUCCAAGUCCCAGCCCAAGAAAGAAAUGAAGGCUAAAUCACGUUCUAGGUCUGCAUCUCACACCAAAACUAGAGGCACCUCUAAAACAGAUUCCAAAACACAUUAUAAGUCUGGCUCAAGAUAUGAAAAGGAAUCAAGGAAAAAAGAACCACCUAGAUCCAAAUCUCAGUCAAGAUCACAAUCUAGGUCUAGGUCAAAAUCUAGAUCAAGGUCUUGGACUAGUCCUAAGUCCAGUGGCCACUGAUAGUAUAAACCUUGAUAUUUUUAGGCAUGUAUCAUUCAUUUACUCAUAGUUUGGUUUACUUAAAUUAUCAGGAAUACAAUGUUGCAAUGAUGCUUAAAAAACACUUGUCAGUUUUCCCUGUACCAGGCAAAUGGUUAUAAUUAAAAUGAUAUGCUGUUGAGAAGCCACUCUUAAGAGUCCAGUUUGUUUAAUGUUACGGGCAGCUACCAAUUUGUGGUGUCUCUGUAUAUUUUUGUAAAGAUUCUCAUUUUUUAUGCUUGAAGUAUUGGUGAAAAGAUGUUGGUUGACCAUAAUUUGCAACAUUGUCUUAUUAAAAAUAAACUUUCAUAUCCAUAUUUGGUAGAACUGUUAACCUAGAAAUGUAGCUUGCUAAUAAGAUAGAAUGAUACAAAAGUGAAGUUGUAGCCACAGUACAACACUGACUGAUCAGACACAUUUAGGUUCAGGGUGGACCUUUUUGUCUUGUUAAGAUGUCUAGGCCCGUGAUAAUAGUUAAUUUAUAACAGAGUGUGGAAUAGUUCUUUUGUUAACCCCACUGUCUUGGGGAAUGAUGCCAACUGGGUUAAGUGGGAUUUGGGGGAAGAUUGAGUUUUUGACUGAAACAUGGAGCCUUCACUGCUUUUUUCUGGUUUCUUUGAAGAUUUGGAACAUAUAAACAUCAGAAGAACUCACCUUAAAAUUUGAGCAGGUCAAUGAUGGCAGAAAUAAUUUUAAGGGGGGAAAAAAAUGCUCUCAUGUAGUUACUCUCAACUUUAAGGAGCAUUGUUGGUCACAUUGCUUAGUUUUCUUACUGCUGUUAAAAAGCAGCAAGUAAAUUGUUUCAAAGUAGAUUUUGUUUAUGCAUAUGCAUAGUGUAAAAGAACUGAAUUUUGAUGCUUGUAGCACUCGGUCUGUGCAUUUGUAUCAAAAUUUGCCUACCACUUUAUGAAGGAGGCUUGUUCUUCACACCUCAGCUUAUUUCAUGUGAGGCAAGUUGAAAGAGAACACUCCCAAUUCUAGGUGAUUCUGUGGUGCCAUGAAAUUUAAAAUAUUUUGGAAAAAGAAUUAAUUAAGAGUCACAUCUCUGAGUUUGAUUAUCAAUGUAUAGUACCUGGCAGUACCUGACUAAAAAAGAAAACAAGACCCUAACCAUUUAUAAUUUCUAGCAUUUCUCUGAGAGAUCGUUUGGGGGGAGCAAUAAAAGGGAAAUGUCCAAUCUCAUUUCAGAAUAAAAGCUAGCAUCUUUAAAAUUUUUAGAUUGCUUGCUUGCAGGUAUAAGUAAGAAAUAUUGUGGGGAAACGAUUCCUUUUAGAGGAUUACUUUUUUUCAAUUUUGGUUUUAGUAGGCCUUGCCUGUAAAGAACAAAAGAUGGUUUUUAAAUACUGUUUGUGGAAUGUGUUUAAAGGAUUGAUUCUAGAACCUUUGUAUAUUUGAUAGUAUUUCUAACUUUCAUUUCUUUACUGUUUGCAGUUAAUGUUCAUGUUCUGCUAUGCAAUCAUUUAUAUGCACGUUUCUUUAAUUUUUUAGAUUUUCCUGGAUGUAUAGUUUAAACAACAAAAAGUCUAUUUAAAACUGUAGCAGUAGUUUGCAGUUCUAGCAAAGAGGAAAGUUGUGGGGUUAAACUUUGUAUUUUCUUUCUUAUAGAAGCUUCUAAAAAGGUAUUUUUAUAUGUUCUUUUUAACAAAUAUUGUGUACAACCUUUAAAACAUCAAUGUUUGGAUCAAAACAAGACCCAGCUUAUUUUCUGCUUGCUGUAAAUUAAGCAAACAUGCUAUAAUAAAAACAAAAUGAAGGAAAUAAUGAUUAACUGGAAUUAUUAUAGUUUUGAAUGAGAUUCUAAAAUAACAAUGGAAACAAUUCUUUGUAGAUUUAGGAAUAUUUUUAAUGAGUGUUGCACUAGGCACAACUAAUUUUUCUUUGGAGGUGAUAGAACUUGCCAGAAAGGUACAUCUUUUAUAUACUACUUAAAAAUUCCUUAUGUAAUGUCAAAGUUGUUUCAUGAUUGCUUAUUAAGCCCCUUGGGUUAAAUAACAUAGAGAUUAUUGGUAGUAUUAAGUAAGUAUUAAAAUGAAAUUUGAGUCAGCUAAUUGUAAAUUUAUAUUUUCAUUAUUGGAUGGACCAAUAAUUCUGCUCUUCCUGUCCUAAACAAGAUGCAUUGGGCCUUAUAUUUAUGGCUUGAUUUAAAAUACUUUUUCAUUGAAUGUCAGUGAGCAGUUAAUAUAAUAUAUUAAGUGAUAACCACUUUGGGGAACUGGUUUAGGUAUUUUAUGGUUUGCGUUCUAGCUACUUUAUAAUGGCAACGAUUAUAGCUAAUACUUCCUGAGUAUUUAUGAUGUGCCAGACACAGUCCUAAAACUUGAUGUGUUAACUCAUUUACUUUUCACAAAACCCUAGGAGAAAGAUACUUUGGUUUACCCCAUAUCACAGAUAAGGAAAUGGAGAUACAAAGAAAAGGCUAUAAAAGGCAGAUCUAAGAUUUGAGCCCAGGCCUGGUCCUUAGUGAUUUUUUUCUUUUAAUGGACUAUAAUUUGAGGAAAGUAGAUUGAGGAGAUAGCCCAUUGAAAUUGUUCUCAGUCUUUGUGUAGAAACAGAAGGCCUGAUGAUUUCAUUUUUAUUUAUGUCACUUAAUAUGACUCACCCUAUUCCUUGAGAACUUUAUAGGUUACUUCUAAAGUGACAUACCUAACAGCUUCAAAAGGACUAAAUUAUAGUUGAACCCGUGAUAGUUAGGAUCCUACUCAUACUUGAUGAGGAUCCUUACACAGUGCUUUAAUUUUGGGCUGCAUAGUUCACAAUUAGGGAGUAUCUACUAUGUGUCUGGCACUGUUGGCAAUAUUAGAGUAGAUCAUUUGAAGACUCAAGUGAGGACUGACACUUCACCUCUCUUUUUACUUAAGAUCUCUGCAUUUUGUUUUGUUUUGUU